UCCGUUGAGGUGGAGACCACAUGUCCCAAGAUUCCGCGCUCAAACUUGGCCUCAUCAAGCUACGCCUUUGUUUUGAAUAGGCUUCUAGCGGACAAAAUUAUUACAUACUGCACCUUUAUUUGUGCAUCCCUAAUGCCAAUUGAAAGGAGAGAAAUGUUGGGUGUAAAUUGCUGAAUAUCAUUAAAACCUAUUUGCAUGUUUUCAAUAUUUUUGUGUAGUUGAAUUUGCAACAAGCUAACAGCGAACUAUCAAUCAGUUAUUAGUCAAGACUUCCCCAUGAGCAGUGAGUGGAAUUGAGCGCUCAGAAUCGUUUGCAUUGGAGGUCCUAUAGAUGACAGUUGUCCUUCCAGGUUAAUUAACGUCCAGUACUCUGAACGAGUGUGUUCGUUCUCUCAGGUAGAACUGCUUCAACCUCGUCCACUGCUGAGCGCCCUUGAUCUCGUAUCUCAGUCCAGUAAUUGAUGUCAUUUUGAGGGGCUUUUGCCCCCCAGGUUUAAUUAAAGCCGUCAUUAUUCACAGAUCUGCUGCUUAAAUGGUUUCAAUUGUGCAGUUGAUCUCAAUGCGAAAGUGACGCUUUAUAUUGGUGUCACACAAAUGACCGUCUCUCUCUCCAGCUGGGCUGAUGUCACGCCGCUGUUCGUUAUGGAGGUCAAUCACUCUGAAAUACAGUAUCAGCUCUUUCUGUACAACAGAACCGCUGUGUGACCUCGCGUAUUCGCUAGAUGCAAUUUCCCAAUCACAAAUAAUAAAAACGUACGUAAUCUUGUGAAUUUUAUAUUAUUAUGCAGAACCCUGCAGUUCCAUCAUGUUAGGAAACCCUUAAACUAUGAUGCUGUUUUCCAUUGAUACGGUUUCGUCGGUUCAGGUGAAGGUUGCAUGUGAAGUUCAUCAUUGUCAACUACAACAGCUUAAAAUGAAUGCAGAAGAAUUAAACGCUGAUUAUUGUCUCAGUGUUUUAGAUUAGCAUUGUAGAUUACAGCAGCAGCUGUAGAGCGUGUGUGUGUGUGUGUGUGUGUUCAGAUUGUUCAGUUAGUGUAGUUAAUCUCACUCUUUAUCUUCUUUUUCUCUCUGUAAUCCCUCCAUCCGUCUCUUUAUCCAUUUAUCACCAGCCGUUCGACUGCGAGCUUCACAUCUGCUCUAUUUUCAGAGGUUUUGAGACGAUUCAGUGUCUGUAUUAUCAUCAAUAAUGUAAUAUAGUCUCUUGUGAUGCCUAAAAAUAAACGUGUGGCCAGUUGAACAUCAAUUAGGAUUUGAGCAUUUAAUUGAAGUGAAAUGAUGAUGAUGAUGAUAUUUAGUACUGAGAGCAUAAUUCCAUUUGAUGUGAUUUUUACAUGAUUUAACUUCAGUUUAGUGGUCAAAUCGGUUAAUUAACUUUUCUAGGUCUGCUGCAAUUGAUUAAUCGCUUGUUUGUGGUUAUUUGAUGUAAUUGCAAUUGAGAUAACCGUAAUAAUUGUGCAGUUUAAUUUUCAAAUUUGCCAUCCAAAUAAGGGAAGUUUAAGUGCUUAAAGAAAUGCCAUCAAAUGCAUGAUACUGAAUGUACGUUUUCGGUGAAAGAAUGUAAAAAAAACACUGUUAUAAAGUACACAAAGAUGGUCAAAGGUCUUCCUGCAUGUGAAACGAAGGAUUAUGGGUUUAAUCAGGCUGCAUUACUUUAUUAUAUUAUAAAAAGAUUAUGUAAAUUCAUUUUUACAGCAUGAAAGUAAAUCAUAUGGACCCAUUUUAUUAUAAUUUUUAUGUGCUUUUCCAAGUAAAAAACAUUCAAUGUAAUGCAAUCAUUAAUCGCAGUUAUUUGUAUGAAAUUAAUAGUCAGCACAAAAUUCAUGAUCGCGACCUUUUAUAAAAAUUGUUUUUUGGAUUUCUAAUCGGGCAGUGAAUAGAAGGCAAAUAUUAUCUUUGAAAAGCCAAGAUUGGUUUGUUUAUCUUAAAAGAAAGUGCAGAGAGAGAGAGAGAGAGAGAGUGAUAUGGGAGGAGAGACGGAAGAGAGAGAGAGACAGCCGAGAGGGGGAGGAGACACACACACACGGACAGAAAGACAGACCGAGCGAGAGGAGGGGAAUGAGAGAGGGAGAUUUUGAAUGUGUCAGACACUGUCAGAGGGAUUGUGAGCGCUGACGUCUGAGAGCAGGAAACGCUGCCGUCGCUGUUGCUGUUGCCGUCGUGUUGAAUAGGAUGAUGGGAGUCUUUUACCCUCCUGUGCGGCCGGGUUCACAGGACACGAUGGGAGCUCAGGAGGGCGUCGUCACUCCGUUCUCCUCCUUCCCUCCCCCGCCGCCUCCUCCCCCUCAGAACGGCCUGGCGCUGGAGUUUGGGGGGGGCAGUAUUUACCCCGCAGGGGGGCAGACCGAGGCCCCGGCAGGAGUCAGCAACACCUCCUCCUCUAACCCCAGCACUCAACUGUCAGAUGGGUCUCCUCAGGCAGAAGGUCAGUGUGUUUCUGCCGGCGGUUCGGGCAGUGAAGAGUCCUCAGAGGCCAAAGGAACCCCGAAACGGCUCCACGUUUCCAACAUCCCCUUCCGCUUCAGAGACCCAGACCUGCGGCAGAUGUUCGGGCAAUUUGGAAAGAUUCUUGAUGUGGAGAUCAUUUUCAAUGAGCGGGGCUCAAAGGGUUUUGGUUUUGUGACGUUUGAGACCAGUGCAGAUGCAGAGAAAGCGCGAGAGCGUCUCCACGGGACCAUCGUGGAGGGACGAAAGAUCGAGGUCAAUAACGCUACAGCUCGAGUGAUGACCAAUAAGAAGUUGGUUAGCCCGUAUGCUAACGGAGAAGGUCUCAGCACGCUGCCCUACGCUGGGUGGAAAUUGAGUCCCAUGAUGGGCGCGAUGUACGGACCGGAGCUCUACGCAGUUCCAGGGUUUCCGUAUCCUACUGCCGCCUCCGCAGCUGCCGCUUCUGCCGCAGCAACCUUCAGAGGAGCUCAUCAUCUGCGGGGUCGCGGCCGGCCGGUCUAUGGAGCCGUGCGCGCCGCCGUUCCUCAGCCCGCCAUACAGGCCUAUCCCGGUGUGGUGUACCAGGAUGGGUUUUAUGGAGCUACAGAACUGUAUAGCGGCUAUACUGCGUAUCGCUACACCCAGCCGACGGCCGUAGCGAGUCCAACGGCAGCGGCGGCGGCAGCGGCGGCCGCCUACAGUGACAGCUACGGUCGCGUUUACGCGGCAGAUCCGUACGCGGCUGCGUUAGCGGCAGCUCCGGCGGCGGCGGCAGCGUAUGGAGUCGGAGCGAUGGUAAGCCACGCCUCUGCACGUCUGUCACGCUCUCAGUUUUUUGCUUGCAGGUCUCUAACCGAGAUAUGUUUUUCACAGGCCACUCUCUACAGAGGAGGAUACAGCCGGUUUUCGCCAUAUUAACACCUUUAAUACACUUCCAGAUUUUCGGUCUCUCUGAUACUUCACCAACAGCUGCUGACCUUGGAGGGAAAAAUCGAAUCACACUUUUGGACAAAAAAAAAAAAAAAAAGCGAAACUUUCGCAUCUGUUACAAACUUUGAAUAAGGAAUGCAACUCUAAAUCAGUACAUCAAAGAAGGUGGAUUUUUUUUUUUUUUUUUUUUUUAAGGAAUCCUGACAACAUUGAACACUAAAUUGUAACAGAUCUCUGACUGAAACUGCUUUGACUGAGAAGCGCAAAUCAUUUCUUCCUUUGGCUCGUCUCUCUGCACAUAUGCAUGCAGUAACGGCUCUAGACUGCCUCUAGUGGCCAUUGAACUACAUGUGCACAGAGUGUCAGGACCGCAGUGAACAAGUUUAUGUCACCCUUCACUGUUUCACACUACAAUAAUGAUCAAUAUUCUUUAAGAAAUAUAGACAUUCACCCGGACCGCUCUUGUCUCCGUUUUAAGGAUCAUCUUGAAAUGUGUGGAUCCCAUCAGCUCUGUACGGGAGGACGAUGCUAUUAUCCCAAAUACAGCAACAUGAUGAGAGACUACCAUCAUGGUCUUCCUUUCUUUGGAAAGAUCAUGGAUGAAAGGCAACUCCAACAGCUGUUACAAAUCACUGAAGUGUGACGCACACGAACGGGACGAUGUGUCAUAAUAAUCCGUCUUGCUGAAAGCUUUGUGUUCUUUAAACAGUACCUCCGUUCAGACCAUUUUCAAGAGGCGUACCUUUAAAAUUAAAUAGUCAUUAUAUGCAAGUAAACUAGAAUAGACACAAAAUUUUACCAAACAUUAUUAUUAUUAUUAUUAUUAAUUAUUAUUAUUAUCGUCAUUAGUUUCUCAUGGUUGUGUGUGUGUGUUGGCUUUGAUGAAGGGCAGGACAUCAUCUGAAUCCACAUUAAUACACAAAAGGACGCCAAACACCGGCAUAAUGACUAUAGCAAGUAUUUAAAUUAUGCUAAGAAAAUAUUUACAACUUUUUUUUUUCCUUCAGAUUUUGGGAUUGAAAAGCCCUUCUUGUGGAAUAUCGACAAGCUCUUUUAUUAGUGUAGUUUUGUAAAAUAUGCAACUUUCAGCCCAACUUUCUGAGAAGCGGAUUAAAAAAUGUUUGUCGGUUUUUAAAGGAGAACUACAUAGUAUUUUUUUUUUUUUUUUUUUUUUUUUUUUUUUGUCUUGCAGAGUGUGUCCUCUUUCCCUUUAGUAUAUUGGUAUUUUGCUUUCUUGAAUUUUGGUUCCAAAGAAGAGUCAAGCACAUUUUUGAUUUGUGUGUAAACGUAUUUGUAAUUCUAUUGUUUGGUUUUUUUUAUCAAUAGGUUUUUGAUAUCGUUUGAAGUGGCUCGUUAAUGAUUUCAAAAUGGCUGGAAAUGGAAUUGCAGCAUCCUCUUAUUGCAAUCUAAGACAGCAACGGUUUCUUUAUCUGUGAAAACAUGCAUUUCAUUUUUUUUUUUUUUUUUUUUUUUUUUUUUUUUUUUUUCAGUAGAUUCUAGGUGCAUGUAAUUGUAAUCUGGUCCAGGACUGAAAACUUUUUGCCAUUUUAAAGCUUCGGAAUUAAUUUCACUUCAGCGUUUUUGUGUGGACGAGGGGUUGUUUCAUUGACACUAAGAGAACUGGCCUGAUGGAAAAACUGACCACAGUCUGAACACUAAACCAGACAGCUUUGUUUUUUUUAUGUUUAAAUGGUACUUGCAGUCUAUGCAUACACUUUACACAGUAUUAUAAGAGAUUAAAAUAUCUCAGUACCUAAAUUCUGAUCUUCUGGCUUUUAAAGAUGCUAUUGGAAAAGAUACGGCUUGUUUCUCUCUCUCUCUCUGUCCCUUGUACGUUUCUCCUGUAGCAGCGGCUCGGAGCUCUUUGAUAUGAGGAGACGGAAUUCUUGCAUGACGUUUGUCUUCUGAUGAUGGAGUGAGAAGUUUGAAAUCCCCUCCAUUCGUGCAGUAAAGGAUUAAAGAUGGCGUCUCUUUUAUUCUUCAUUCUCGCACCUUAUGAAUAUGAUACCUGUUCCGCAUACUCUCCUUUGGUUUACAGUGUAACCGUGUUUUUGAGUUGAACUAUUUCUCUCUACAUAUUCUGAUUCCAUUUGUGAUGUAAUUUGUAUCUGAAUGUCCAUAUAAACUGUUUUUUUAAACAUCA